AUGGAAAUUACAAACGAAAAUUAUGUUAAGAAUAUCUUGUUAGUUGGAUAUACUGGUAAUGGAAAAUCCUCAAUAGCAAAUACAUUAACUGACACAAGUCACUUCGAAGAGGAUGACAGUCCCAACGGCGUAACUAAAUGGGUACAAUCAGGUGAAUUUGAACAUGAUGGAGAAAAGUAUCAUGUAAUUGACACAAUAGGAAUUGGUGAUACAGAAUUAUCACAAGAACAAGUAUUAUAUAGAGAAACAUUUUUUGGUAAAAAGAUGGGUGAUUUUACAACUAUUAUACAAACCAAAUGUUCUAAUUUCACAGAUCUCGAGUGGUGUAAUAAGCAAAAACAGAAAUUGGGUAACAACAAAUAUGCAUCCGAAAUAAUUAAAAAAUGCAAUGGUGUUGUUUUUAUCGAUACUAUCCAGUUCAAAGAAAGAGGAACAUUAUUGAAUUUUUUAACCACUAUUGUUCAGCUCAAUAAAGGAGAGAAAUCAAGAAGAAUAUUAUUGGAUUGCUUGAAAACUUGGAAAAAAAAUAUUUACAAACCUAAAGGAUCAUUUGCUGAUUUCUGUAGAGUGGUUAAUGAAUUUGAUUUGCUUGUUGAAGAAACUAACCAAAAACUUGAUGAAUAUUUUAAAAGUUUUAAUGUUUUAAAAGAAAAGUUGCUGAGUCUCAUUAAAAAUUGUGAAGAAACAAUUAAUUGUAUUAUAGCUAAUAAGGAAUCAUUAAAUAAAGAGGUAAAAACCUUAGUUAAAAAGAAUGAUAAUGGCAUAAUUAUAAGUGGUUUAAGUACUCUUCUUCUUAGAUUUUCCGAAGCUAGUUUUCUUGCAACCAUCCUAAACACGGCCAUCUUAAAUGCCAUUAUUCUACCACCUAUCGGACUAUUACUGGCUCCAAUGAUUCCUUUAUAUAUAGCUGGUUUAGUUUAUUGUUUAAAUGGGUUAUUAGUUGAUUUAAAAGGAAAAGGAGAUCGUAAAAAAUUCAAUAUUAUCAUAGAGAAAGAUUUCAAAGAUUUCAAGGAGUUUAUGAAUUCUUUAGAAGAAACAAAUAAAAUUCAUGAGGCCGCAAUACCUGUAAUACCUAUAUCUGGUAUUAGAUCAUUAAUAAUCCUUUUUAACAAAAAUUUUAAUACCCACAAAAUACCGGAAGAAGAAGUUAUUAAAAAGAAAUCUUUUUGUCAUAAAACCUUGUUUGAUAUGGAAGAAUUGGUCAAAAAUUUAGGUGAAACUUUUGAAUAUUUUAACAAAAUAGAUUUAUAUAUAAAAACUAAGAUUAACAAUUGUAACAGUGAUAAAAAGAAGAUUGAAAGCAUUUUAAAAUAUAAAAAAUUUGAUAUUAAUAUAGAACCUUUUGAAGGAGCGAUGCUAAAUGUAAAUGAUGAAUAUAAAAUAUAA